UUAAAAUUCUUUAUAGUGAGCAACUCUUUGAAAAUAGCAAGUGAUAAAAUUAUUGUAGAAAGCAUGGAUAUUCAAAUGGAGAAUGAACAAAAUUUGGAUAUUCUUCAGGAAGAUAUUGAGAUGAAUGGGGAAAUGAGUACAAAUGAUACCAAUGAAAAUUAUUCCAAUGGGCAUGAUUCCCAUAGCAGUGAGGAUGAAGAAAAUGAUAAAGAAACAGCUAUGAUUAUGGAAUCUUUUGAAUACUAUAAAAGAAGUGAACCGUCUUCUAAAUCUAAAGCUCAGAAGGAACUGAUAAAAACUUUGCAAGAACUCAAAGGACAUCUUCCUCCUCAUAAAAAGAUCAAAGGCAAAUCAAGUAUCCUGGCAACUCUGAAAUAUGCACUUAGGAGCAUUAAGCAAAUUAAAGCCAAUGAAGAAUAUUACCAGUUGAUGAUGAUUAAUGAAAGGUAUCUCUGUGAUCUUGAUAUAUUAUCCUGUACUGUGGAAGAUGUUAAAAACAUUACUACAGAAUACAUCAUGAAGAAUGCAGAUAUGUUUGCUGUAGCUGUUUCUUUGGCUACUGGGAAAAUUUUGUACAUCUCUGAUCAGGCUGCCUGUAUCCUCCAUUGUAAGAAAGAUUUAUUUAAAAAUGCCAAAUUUGUGGAGUUUCUGGCACCUCAGGAUGUCAGUGUAUUCUAUAGCUCAACUAUACCAUAUAGAUUGCCAUCUUGGAGUAUUUGCAGCGGAGUUGAGUCUGCUACCCAAGAGUUCAUGAAGGAAAAAUCUUUCUUCUGCCGCUUCAGUGCAGGGAAAGUGAAUAUUAAUGAGAAUCACUACCAUCCAUUUCGUAUGACCCCAUACCUUAUUAAAAUACAAGAUGCAGAAGAUCAGCUUUGUUGUAUGUUGCUUGCAGAAAAGGUACACUCUGGUUAUGAAGCACCUAGAAUUCCUCCUAAUAAAAGAGUGUUUACAACAACUCAUACACCAAAUUGCUUAUUCCAAGAAGUAGAUGAAAGAGCUGUGCCUCUAUUGGGAUACUUACCUCAAGACUUAAUUGGAACUCCUGUUUUAGUACAUCUUCAUCCAAGUGACAGACCUUUAAUGCUAACAAUUCACAAAAAAAUACUUCAAUGUGGUGGACAACCAUUUGAUUAUUCACCAAUCAGAUUCUGUACUAGAAAUGGUGAAUACAUAACUCUGGAUACUAGCUGGUCCAGUUUCAUCAAUCCAUGGAGUCGAAAGAUUUCAUUUAUAAUUGGAAGACACAAAGUUAGAACGAGCCCUUUGAAUGAAGAUGUAUUUGCGCCUCAGUGCACAGAAGAAAAAGUGCGACAUCCUAACAUUCAAGAAAUUGCAGAACAAAUACAUAAGUUAUUACUACAGCCUGUAUAUAAUAGUGGCUCUAGUGGUUAUGGAAGUUUGGGCAGCAAUGGAUCACAUGAGCACCUAAUGAGUGUGGCUUCAUCCAGUGACAGCAAUGGGAAUAAUAAUGAAGAUACUCAGAAGAUACACAAAAUUAAUUCUUCUCAAGAUACUUGUAAAGAUGGAAAUGUGGACAGAAAUCAUGCCUACUUUGAUUCUAGAUUAAAGCUUGAAAAUCAGAAGACAUCUUACAGAGAGAAACCCACUGACUACCAUGAUCAUACAAAAAGCACCACUCAGUCAUUUGAAAAUGAUGGUACUGGGACUGCUUGUCAGAGUCUAGUUGCAAAAGAACUCACUUGGGAGGAACAAUCUAUAUAUUCAUAUCAACAGAUCAGCUGUCUAGAUAAUGUUAUCAGAUAUUUGGAAAGUUGCUGUGCAGCUGAUACUGUGCAAAAAAUGACCCACCCUACACCAAACACUGAUGUAGCACUGGAUACUGAUAGAUGCAGAGAGAAAAUGAAUGCUGAUACAACUCAAAUGUCAACAGAAAGGGGACAAUCAAAAACUCACAUAGGCCCUGCUGUGUUGGAGACAUCUGACAUAUCCAAUGCUUCAGCUGUUGUUGGUGCUCGUUUAACUUCUUUGACUUUGCCUGGAAAACCAGAAAGUGUAAUAUCUUUUACCAGUCAAUGCAGCUACAGAAGCACCAUAGUUCAUGUUGGAGAUAAAAAAACACAACCUGAAUUAGAAAUUAUAGAAGACAAUCUGCCUGGGGUAAAAUCCACAGAGAAUCAAACCAUUGUUGUACAAUCUAACAGUUCACAAAAGAACAAGGAAAAAGCGAUAUUUAAGAAAUUGAGUCUUACAAAGGAAAUUCUUGCUGUACAUACUCAAAAAGAGGAGCAGAGUUUUCUGAAUAAGUGUAAAGAAAUCAAAAGAUUCCAUAUUUUUAAGUGUGCUUGCAAUUGCUACUUUCAAAAAAGACCCAAAGGAUGCCCAGGGGAACAUGAUAUGUGUGGACUACAACAUGGUUCUAGAAUAGCGCUUUCUUGGAAGAAAAUUGGGAAGAUCAAGAAAUCUAAACCAAAACGACACAAGCCACAUGAUUCUUCAGAUAGUAUAACAUCUGGUACCAAAUCCUUGCACAAAUUUCUUCUGCUUGGCCCAAAUAGCGCAGCCUGGUCUCCAUCAGAUACUUCACAAGCAAGUUAUCCAACCAUGCCUUUUCCCGCGGUUAUGCCCACAUAUCCACUUCAAGUUUUUCCAUCUAUUGGAAUUACACCAGCGGGUCCUGAAGCUUCUCUUUCUUAUUUGAAUGAAACACAAGACUCAGGAAAACAUUGUAAUCUGCCAUUAUCUGAGUUUGUUGAACCCCUAGUGACUCCAGUAGUAGCACUUGUUCUCCCCAGCUAUAUGGGUCCUCAGACAAACAAUAGUAUUCCUCAGGCAUCUUGCCCGGAUCCACCUGGCUUUUCUGUUCAGCCUUCUUUCUCUUCAGAAGCCUUGCUUACACCACCACCUUCAUUUGCUGCCUCAAACGUGUUCCCUCCUGAGAUAGCUUUUUCAGCACAACCAUUUUGUUAUAAUUCACUAGCAGAUAGUGAAAAAAACCCUGUGACAGAAUGCCAAAAUGAGCUAUCCUGUUCCUCUACUCCACAGUCCCUGGAUCUACAAGAUCAGUCCUCAUCACCAUUGUUCCAAUCACGGUGCAGUUCUCCUUUACAGCUGAAUCUUCUGCAAUUAGAAGAAAUGCCAAAAAUGUUGGAAAAUGGAAAUGCUGCUAUAGUGGGAAACUAUGGAACUUUAACUGAUGGAGAGAUUACUAAUACACAAUUGAGCAGAGAUGAUGGUAAAAGAAAAGCAUCCUGUGUGGUUGAUACACCAAUGGAAGAUCAAAAUAGUGAUGCCUUCUCUUUAUCUGUUGAUUUACUUGAUAUUUUAUUUCAAGAAGACACAAAUUCAGGCACUGGAUCUGCUUCAUCAGGAAGUAGUGCUUUAGCAGCUGCUGAGUCUUUAGGAUCUGGAUCAAAUGGAUGUGGCAUAUCAGGCAGUGGAGCAGGAUGUAGUGAGACAAGUCAUACCAGCAGGUAUUUUGGAAGUGUUAACUCCUCAGAAAACAGUCAGAAAACAACAUGUUUACAAAUGGAAGAAGAUGUACAGUUCAUCAAAUGUGUCCUCCAGGAUCCUGUUUGGCUGUUGAUGACAAAUGCAGAUGAUAGUAUUAUGAUGACUUACCAGAUACCAUCACGAAAUUUGGAAACUGUUUUGAAAGAUGACGAACUGAAACUGAAACAAAUGCAGAGGUUUCAGCCGGUAUUUACUGAGGAACAAAAAAGGGAGUUAUUUGAAGUUCAUCCAUGGAUUCAGAAAGGUGAUCUCCCUCAGGCUCUUGCAAAUUCGGUUUGUGUUUAUUGUGACGAAAAUAAUAGCUGAUCUUAUGUACAAAAUGAAGGAGAAAUCCAUGAACUGAAGCUUGAUGAAUGAGAUGGUAAGAAUAGUUUACCCAUUUUAAACCAAUUCAGCAGUGAAAAUGUGUAAUCCAUGAAGAUAAUUUCGAAAUCACCUGCUUUCAGCUAUGGCAAAUGCAUCAUUCGAGCUUAAAGUUUAAAUUUGUUUCUUGUGAAAUGAAUCUCAUACUGUGUAUCAAACAAAUGGAUUUUUUGUUCUAAAAAAGGUCAUUUGUUAAUAAUCUCUUUUUAUGAGGACGUGUCUUUCUAUUUCUAUGAACAGUUGCUGAAAAUGAUUUUUCUUGUUUGCAUUAAAAAAAAUAUUUUCAAUUUUAAAUGUUUACACUUAAAGCUGUAGUUCAUUAAAGUUAUAGAGAAUACUACUAAAACCAGUAUUCUCUUGGAUUCCAUAAGGAAUAUUAUAAAAAUACUAUGCCAUUGUAACAUUUCUUUCCUGUCUCCAUUUUUUUUCAGUAACAGGAACUAUGUAUUUUACAGUUCAGAAAUAUCUUAAAUGAUAUUGAGAUUAAUAGUUAAUAAAUCAACUGUUUUACAAGUGUUUCAUUUAUAAAAUAAAUCCAUUGUUAACAGUUAAAAUGUAUUUUAAUUUACUAGUUUAAAUGUUAUAACAGUAUCUUCUUCCUUCUGUAAUCUCCAAAUCUGGAGAAGAAAAAUUUUUCAGGUCAGAAAAUAAUAUAAUUGUCUUUGAAACUGUUGCAUCAGUGUUGUAUUUGGUAAAUAUUAUAGUUUAAUUUGCUCCAUUGUCCUCAUCUUACAACUCAUUAGUAACUCUUAUUUUAGAAAGACUUGCAUAUAACUGUACAAAAAUAUGCUAAUGCAUCAGAAUGAAUAUUUAUGUCCUUUCUUUCAAGUCACAGGUCACUCUUGAAGUCAUAUUAGGUACUGAAAUAAUUGUUUGCCCAGCAAGGAGAGUCCAAUCUUAAUGUUGAUAAUAUUUCCUCUAAGGUGAUAGCAGAAUAUAUAUUCAUUGUAAAGGAAAAUCACACACAGUAAAACUGAUUACACUAAUCUCUGUUAAUUACCUUCCUUUGCUUUGUGUGAUAUCAUUGAGUAGUUUUAAUCAUCUGGAUUACUUCCAGUUUUCUCUGUACUGAUUCUUUAGUCACAGAAUGAACAGCAGUGCCACCUUUUUUUGUAGUGUGAAGAAUGUUAAAGUAUUUUUAGAGCCUUGUCCAAUUCUGCAGCUAUGUUUAGUCCAUCUAUAUAUAAUUUUGAAUCUUCUCUUUCAAAAGUUAGAUCCAAAGAUUCUGGAAUAGACUGAUGUCACAGUAUUGUUCCUGAAUAACACAGAAUAUUAUUUCUAGAGUCAAUUAACUACUGAUUCAAAGAGACCCUUUGUUUUACUAGACAAAUAAUUUUUCCAAACAAUUUUCCUUUGAGUUCAAAA